AUGGCAACACUUGGAACAGUCUCUUCUUUUGGAAAUAUCAAAGGACCGGAUGUUCCAGAUUUCGGAGCUUUCAAAGUAUCGAACGAACUGUUCGGUUGGAAGAAUAAAAGAACAGGCGAAGUAUUACAACACAGAUCAUCAGAUGUUUCCUCAAUUACAUUCGUUAAAACCAAUUCAAAUUUAUAUCAAUUAAGGAUUGAAUUAAAUGAAUCUAAACAAUUCAAAGUUUUAAGAUUUGAUGGAUUCACUGAAAAGGUUCACAUAAUCAUUACACAUCAAAUAUAUAUUGACACUAUAAAUGUAUUGGAUUUGAGUAAACAUUUUGAGGAGAAUUAUAAGAUGUCAUGUGAUAAAGAUGAGGUAUCAUGUACUGGUUGGCAUUGGGGAACAUAUGAGUUUGACAAUACAACGUUCAGACUGAGGAUUAAUAAUAAUUCUGGUCUUGAAAUUGAUGCUCAGUCAAUUAUUCAGGCAACUAUUCCUUCAAAAACUGAUCUUGCUAUUGAGCUUAAGAAUGCUAAUCCACUUAACAAUUCUGAUGAUUUAGUUGAAAUCCGUUUCUGUGUUCCUUCUAAACUUGAUCCUGAAGAUGCUGAAAUCAAACUUGAAGAUCUUAAACAGACAUUUUUGGUGAAGAGUGGUUUGGAUGAGAUGAAGAGUGAGAAGAUAGCAUUAUUGAUGGAUAUACCAUUAAUUGUUCCUAGAGGACGUUAUGAAAUUGAGUUUACUAAACGGAGUAUUAAACUUCAUGGAAAAAGCUAUGAUUAUACUCUAUUAUUCACUAACAUUAUUCGAAUGUUCCUAUUACCGAAACCAAACAGUCCUUAUAUUAACUUUAUUCUUGGAUUAUCACAAUCAAUGAGACAAGGACAAACACGUUAUGCCUAUAUAGUAAUGCAAUUUGAAAGUGAUCAUGAAACUAAAGUCGAUCUCAAUCUACAGGAUAAUGAUCUCAAACAAUAUAAACUUGAUAAAGUACUUGAAGGAAAAACGUAUAAUGUUGUUUCAAGAUUAUUUGGAUCAUUAGUAAAUCGAUCAAUUGUAGUUCCUGGCGAUUUCAAAUCCGAAAAAGGAGAUUCCGCAAUAUCUUGUACUUAUAAAGCUACAAGUGGUCAUUUAUUCCCACUGAACCGUUCAUUAUUAUUCAUUGUGAAGCCCGUAAUAUUCAUCAGAUUUGAGGACAUUGUUAGUGUUGAAUUUAGUAGAACUGGUGUCGUUACACAAAACCGUUUCUUUGCCAUUCUCGUAUCCAUGAGAGGUGGUAUUGAAUAUGAAUUUACAAAUAUCGACAAAACAGAAUUCAAAAAUUUGAAUGAAUAUUUAAUGACUAAGGAUAUAAAGGUGAAAACAAGUGAAGAAACAGAACGUGUUGAACAAACAAAUUAUGAACAAGAGGAGGAAGAAAAUGAGGAAGAUGAUGAAGAAGAUGAAGAUUUUCAAGAUGAAUCUGAGGAAUCCGAAGAAGAAGAAUAA